AUGUUAUGCGAAGGAAUAACGAUAGGUCGGAGGGUCUGGGAUAACGACAACCCUGAGACUGGCCGUUUUGAGCACGAACUGGCGGUGGCGUUAGGGUCUUGCGGCGAAUACCGUCAAGCCCUAGACCUAAUCCCAGGAGCCGUCGACAAACUCAACCGCUGCUUGGGACCUCGGCAUCCCGACACUUUGACGGCCACGUAUACCAUGGGUGUCUUGUACAAAGAUUUAGGUCUUUUGGGCGACGCUGCCGCCAAGUUUGAGGAUGUUCUGAGGAGAAGUGAAGAGGCCUUCCCUGACGGGAACAUCCACUUACUCCGAUCAAGGUCAAGUCUUGCCUACGUUCGGUCUCGGCAAGGCAGGCUCGCGGAAUCUGUAGAGACACAGCGCCAUGUGCUGGAGACGAUGGGAACUCAGUUUGGAGACGCCCAUCCCGACACGCUUACUGCGAUGGCCGAUCUUGCCGAGACCCUGCGAUGGACAGGAGAUACGGCUGAGGCGGCUGGUUGGUAUGGCCUGGUAUUCAACAAGAUGAGUGAGACGUUUGACAAGGACGCACCAGACAUGAUCGAGGCGCUGAGCGAUUACGCGAACUCGCUCCUGGACGGAGGCAAGACGAUCGAAGCGCGAGAGAAGUUAGCAGAGGUCGGAGGAGGCACAGCACAUGAAAGCGCUACUCGCAGCGAACGUCAUAAGCGGUCCAUCCUGAGAGGGAGGGAUCUUUGCAUGCUUGAGAUGGCCGGGCAUUUGAUAUGCCGUGUUUACACGGCAUCAUCUGAUAAAGACCGGAUCGGACAUCCCACAUCAGCCAUUGAUGUUGGAAGCUCGUAG